AAUUCUUUACAGUUUGGGGAGGAGGAAGCUUUGCCUUCCCCUAGCAAAGAUGGCCAAUGCCUUCUGUUGAUCCCAAUGGCAAUUAGCCAGGCUGCCUUUAGGGAAGGAGGAGACAGAGGGAGGUAUUGUGAGGAACAGUUGAUGUCGAGGAGGUAAAAUCCAAGAGCAGGGAGGGAAAUUGGAGGAGUGUUUGUGGCCAGGGGAAUGUGGCGGGCAAUGGGAAAGGUGGAAUGUGUGGAGGAGAAUCUGAGGGGCAGGAGACGGAUGUGGGCACAUGAGGAAGAAUGAGGGAUAGGAGAUUAGGGGGAAGGGAGGACAAAUAUGGGAGAGGGGCACAUGAAUGGAACAGAAGACUGAGAUGGUCACUGUUGUGAUCGGGAAGGGAAUGUGGAAGGCUAUAAUGGCAGCUUUACCACUUAGAAGAGGGUAAGUGGCUUUCUCCCUCCAAGCAAACAUGAGGCAGUCUUAAAUUUGCAUUUAAGGUUGAAUUUUGAAUCUGAGAUAUUGUGCACAAAUUGUGGAUGAGGAAGCUCCCCGUUACAUUUUCCUCUGCCUUCUGAUGUUUGAACAACAUAAUUUUUCUCUUAAUCGUGUGAUUUUUAAGUCUCAUGAUGUUUAGGAAUCUGAUUCCAGAUGUAUGCAUGGUUGCUUGUUAAUACUGCAUCUGUCACCCUCCUUCAUUCCUCCCACUGCAAUUUCUGAUUCUCUCUUCACCCCCAAUCUCUUCAGCCUCAGAAUCGAGACCAGUAGCAAACUUCCCAUGGAGUGUGAUAAAAUAGUUCCCCCUGGUGGCAAACUGGGGGAAGUUUGUCAGAUCCAGGGGCUGUUCAGUAAUGGAGCUCAGAAUUAUAUGCUUCUCUGGGGAGCUUGCCUGCCUGUUUCCCUUUUUCUUUCAUGUCCUAGGACCUGGAAAGCUACAGAGAGGAAGGCUUCUUUUUGGUGGACCAUUGGAAGUUUAUUGGCCUGAGAGAGCCAUCUGUUAUCAUUCCAAGUUUGGGUGAGCCUGGAAAUGAAGAAAGAAGUAUGGGAGAGUAGAGUUGUAUUUAAAAUGGAAGUUGACAUAAAUGGAGAGACCAGAACUACCAUAGCUACGCUUCCCUUACCUAUUGCAGAGGUGAGUUCCACAGGCAAAGUGGAAGCAGAGAAACCUCGAUGCUCCAGCACCCCAUGCUCACCUAUGCGACGGACUGUUUCAGGUUAUCAGAUCCUUCACAUGGAUUCUAACUACUUGGUUGGCUUCACAACUGGUGAGGAGCUCUUGAAAUUAGCCCAGAAGUGUACAGGAAGUGAGGAAAAUAAAGUGGAAGCUGUGCCCACCGUGCGCUCCAAACAACUUGAUUCAGGACUUACACGUUCCUCACGGUUGUACAAAGCUAGAAGUAGAUACUACCAGCCAUAUGAGAUCCCAGCUGUAAAUGGAAGGAGGAGAAGACGGAUGCCCAGCUCAGGGGAUAAAUGCACUAAGGCUUUACCAUAUGAACCCUACAAGGCACUUCAUGGUCCUCUGCCUCUUUGUCUCCUCAAAGGUAAGAGGGCUCACUCUAAAUCCCUGGACUACCUCAAUUUAGACAAAAUGAACAUCAAAGAACCUGCUGACACAGAAGUGCUUCAAUACCAGCUCCAGCACCUUACCCUAAGAGGGGACCGUAUGUUUGCUAGAAACAACACAUGAACUACCAUGUGGAAAUAAAGCCAACUCCUGGUAAUUUCUUCAUUGCUGCAAAUAUCCACUGUUGGACUGUGUACAUGACUGUCCACAUUGUAGGUGGUUGUAUCAGCUAAGUGUUAUCAGAAUGUUAUUUAUUAAAUACAAGUUUGAACACUCAAAAUGUCUCAAAUAUUUGGAGGGAAAAAUCUUUUCAGAGAGAUUAACUUCUGAAGAAAAUCUGACUGCAAUUGGUGGACAUUUCUUUGGGACACUUUUUAACAAAGAAAAGGCUUUUGUACAGGUAUCUAGUAUUUACAGUGAUUUGACACUCAGAAAUUGGUGAUGGUGUCUACUUUGUUGUUGCUAAUUUGGCUUGCUAUUGGAAGUUGCUGUUGAAUAAGCAUCAAGUUCUCCUUUUGUCAUUUUCUGUAACAUACAUUUUAUUGUAAAGAUGGUAAUGGUUUGUUGUAUUACAGAAAAGAAUGUGAACCUGGCUGAAUUGGACCACUUGUUAUUUAAAACAAUCCAGUUUAAACAUUUUGAAACUGGGUCUGCGCUAGAAAAAAGUUUCACUGAUGCAAAUGAACAAAGGUUUAUUUUUACUUAAAAUUAUUGAACAGUUAUUUUUUAGUUGUACAUGGGAAUAGUUGCUUUUCUUCUUUCUUUCUCUGUUUUAAAAACUUUGGUUAAAUAAGUAUUUGGAAUAUUUUUAAAAAAAAGAACCAUUCUGGAAGUAAAUAUUUUCAUUACAUUUUAAGAGGAUUUAAUGUAAUACAUUUGGGGGGGUUUACAUUGUCUUGACAUAUAAAAAAGGACCCACUUUAGAUUCCAAUAUAUAGAUUAGAAUGUCUACAUCAGAAAGUAGUAUUGAAUGAAAUUUUUGAUUUGUAAAUCAUAAUUUAUAUUACAUAUGUACUUAUGGAAGGUGUUAAAACACAACUUUAGCACUGCAUUGGAAAUUCCAGUUAUUUGCAGCACCGAACACUUUUAAAAAUUAAAAAUCCAGAUGCCUGAAUUAGUUUGAAGGCAUAGAGUGCUUCUAUAGCAGCCUUGAAGUGCUGAAUCUGGAUUUAACAAUUUAUAUCUCAUGCACUGGCUUAAUUUGUUGCUUAAGAAAUCAUGUCCAACCAUGAUAGGAAAUGCAAUUUUAACUACUGCAAACCUAAAUAUAUUUGGAAAAUAUAUGUAGCUUGCCUUUGUAAAAGUACUAUUUUUCAUUCUUUGUCUUUUUUUAAAGGUGCAAGUUAUUACUGACGCAGUGUGCAACCGUGCUUGUUUUUGCUCAGCAAGUUAUUUAGAAGUUAAAGAUUUAAAUAAGCACCAUGUCUAUGAAGUAGAAAUAAUUUUUAAUUGGUCAGUCAUUCCUGGCACAAUUCUGAUUUUCUUCAGAAAGAAUGGAAAGCAGUAGUGCAGAGUGUGUGUUGUGGAAAAACAAGAAUUCUUUUAAUUCUUUCACUUACUCCACAGUUGUAUCUGACUACAGUAAAGAGCCUGUGGAUAGUUUGCAUUCUACUGGUUUGGUUGAUUAUUAUUUAUUUAUUUAUUUAUUUUUUUAAAGGUAUGUUAGGAAUCUUUACAGCUGAUGUAUACUUUAAAGUAAACUGCACCUCUGUAAACUUAUUGUAUUGAAGAAUGAUCUCUAAACUAUUCUUAUAUAGUCUCUAGUUUCACAAACAGAAUACUGUCAGAUGCCAAAGAGAGAUGGGUUUUAUGUUUAAUGAU